AAAAUGACCGUUGCAAGAAACGAAGACGUGGUUCGUUCACCUUAACGACUGUGGUCGUCGACUCUUCUCUCUUCCUCUGCAACGAAAUCCUUCUCAGAAGAAGAAGUUAUGAAUUUGAGUAUUAAUGGCAGCCAUGGCGUUCCGCAUCGUCUCAUCACAAGCUAUCAUCGACCACAGAAAACCAUAUCUGGAACAUAUGAAGUUCCAAUCAAAAUGAUCAAGAAAUCGGUUAAUGAAGAUGAUUCUGCAAAGGAAAUAUCUUCUUCUUCGAGGAUUGACCUGAAUUUAAGCCUCAGAACCACCUCGUUGAUGACCGCCAUAUCAGCUGCAAAUUUGGUUUCUGCUCACAGUGCACAUGCCUUGAAUAUGGAAGCAAUCAUGGAAAGAACCGCUUCUUCUGUUUACACCUUGGCUGAUGGAAGCCUUGGAGAUUGGUUUGGAGGCCUCAUGUAUUCAGCCGGGCAACAAGCAAACGAAGCUGUUCAGAUUCAGCUAGGAGCUCUAAGUUUUACUAGCCUGGUGGUUAUAUUUGGCGCAGGACUAGUAACUAGCCUUUCCCCUUGCACGCUAAGUGUUCUACCAUUGACCCUUGGUUAUAUUGGUGCAUUUGGAUCUGGAAAAAGUAGAGCGGAGAUUGUAGGGGACUCUCUUGCAUUUGCAUUGGGUUUGGCCACCACACUAGCAUUACUUGGUGUAGCGGCCUCAAUUGCCGGCAAAGCAUAUGGACAAGUAGGGCAGGGUUUACCAUUGGCUGCUUCUGGUUUGGCGGUCAUUAUGGGAUUAAAUCUUCUGGAGGUAAUAGAGAUACAACUGCCUUCAUUUUUGGACAACUUUGAUCCACGCGCUGCUGCUGCUAAUUUUCCUUCGAGCAUCCAAGCAUAUUUGGCUGGUCUUACGUUCGCAUUAGCUGCAUCGCCUUGCAGCACACCCGUGCUAGCCACCCUACUUGGAUAUGUUGCGGCAUCCAAGGAUCCCAUAAUCGGUGGCAGCUUACUCUUGACGUACACCACUGGCUACGUUGCUCCUCUGCUUCUUGCAGCUUCUUUUGCUGGAGCGUUGCAGAGUCUGCUCUCUUUCCGCAAGUUCUCGGCAUGGAUUAAUCCUAUGAGUGGCGCACUCCUGUUAGGCGGGGGCGUAUAUACACUCUUGGAUAAGGCUUUCCCGCCUACAUCAAUGGUGAUGUAGUUUAGUUAUAUCUAUAUCUAUAUCUAUAGUGAAGUUGUAUGUAAAGGAUGCAACAUGAAUCAGAAUAUGUAUAGUUUCGUUGACAGUUCCUCUGUGUGAGAUAUACCGGCUUCAUUUGGUUUA